AUGGAGGACCAGUUCAUAAUACGCCCCCCGGAAAGCAUAUGCGAGAAAGUGCAUGCAGACAUAAAGAAAGGCGCCCUCCAUAAAAUAUCCAUUCGAAUGACAGGGCCCAGAGAGGGCACUCUCACGUACGAAAAUAAAGCGUAUCCUGGGAUUAUUGCAGAUCUUCCCUGCAUAAUUGAGUCUCAUAAGACCCUUGAUAACAGGCAGUUCAUAAAAACUGCAGAUAUUUCAAAAAUUCUGAUAUUCUCGGAGGAUAAAGCCAGAGCAGAAAAGGCCUCAGAAGAAGGGCCUCUCUCAGGAAUAACUCCCCCGAUGCGGUACGUGAAGAGGCGGCGGUUUAGGAAGAGGCUCACGAAAGUCCCAAUUAUUGAGGAGAUCGAAAGGGAGGUAAAUGGCCUGAUGCAGAGGGAUAAGGAAGCCGUUAAAGUCGACCUGCAACUCGUGAGCAAAGGCGGGAGCGAGACGGAGGAAGACAUUUCCUCGCUUGCAGCGGAGAUUGAGCUUAAUCUGCUCGAAGACAGGGCUGUCCAGACAAGUGCUGAGUACCCGGAGACUCUCUUGGAGGAGCAGCGCGAGAGAGAGCGCCUUAUCCGAGAGCUCACAGGGAAGAUCGAGGAGAAGAAGGAGCAGCUUGCCAGAAUCGUAAAUCCCAUCCUCAAGAAGAGGUUCUACGAGAGCAUACAGCAGCUCGAGAGAGAGCGGGAGGAGGUUGUUCUUGCCCUGGAGAAGGACCCAAACGAGGAGUCCCAGGAGAGAAGUCAGGACCUCCCACAAAAUGAAUAA